AUGCAAUCGCGAAUGCCCAUCUAUGCCUAUGGACACGACUGCGAACUGCCUGCCUUUUCCUCGCCGGCGCCCAUCGAAGCGACACGCAUUCGGCGCGGAAGUGGCUUUGCAGGCAUCAUUGCAACGCGCACCGGCACCGAUGAGAUCCAGCCGCACUACCUCGAGCACAUCGAGCAAAGCAGCCAGAACCCGGCCGUGACCGAAUCUCUGCCUAUGCAUCUGCCUAUGGCUAUACCGAUGCCUGUGCCUAUGUCUCUGCAGUCCGCGGAAUUGUCAGCUGGCCAUGCUGGAGAGAUCACGUAUCCCGCAUCAUCCACGCAGCAAGCUCAGCCGCCUUCUUCUCAGCUUGGCGUUACCGGCAAAAUUACUCGCAUUAUGAACCACCUUAGAUUCAAGCGUAAAGCGUCUGACGAUAUCCCCUCUCCGCCGUCUAAACGUGGCCGCACGCCUGAAGAUCCUGGAGUCGCACACUCGCGGUCCGCCAUUAUUUGUCCUGCCUCGGAAAUUUCCGAGACUGAUCAAGGCUCGCCUGAUUCUUCAACACCUGCACCUCUCGCUGUCAAAUCUUCUCAGCGAGGCCCAAGCACCCGAAAGCUUGACUCAGACGGCCGCAACACUGCCAACGGUGGUACGGAUACGCAACUCGACCCCCUAUGUGGCGAGGAAGGAGGAAAGGUCAAGCAAAAGCUCAACGCAAACGAAAUCAAUGAUGCCCUAGCGAGAAUGUCGCACGAUAUCCUGGAAACUACUGAAUCAGUCCUGGUAUUUCUGGGCUUGCAGCAAAAACGACUCGUCGAUAGCCCUUGUGUUCGUCAACCAAGCGAAGACCUGAAGCGACUGUACGAAACGUGCUGGGGUCCUGAGUGGUCCAACAUUGAGCAGCAGAUGGAGCCCCAUGACGGUCUAUCUGCAUCGAAUGUGCUCCGAGCUUUGACAGCCUGCUACGUGCAUUGCUUCAUCUUCAACGAUGCAUCAACGAGCCAAGAUGAAUUCUGCAGCAACUUGAAUUCGGCCUUGCUUGCAGAUGCCGAAGCCGAACGACUCUUCUUUGCGCUGGCCAUUGACAACGAACCAGAUCGACUUGCAGCCGUGGGCCCGGCAGCCAAUCUAUACCCGCAGCCUCUGGAGACCGCAGUGCAGGAGGACCAAUCUCCUCAGAGCAUGUUCGACGCGCACGCGCACGCAGCUGCCAGUCGCCUCACGAACAUCUUGCAGCCACAUAUUCAAAGCCUAGUCAACCUUGCCACAGUUCUACAGAAGUUUCAAGGCGAAGCUCAUGGAUGGUGCAGCGAAUUCACAAGCAGCAUGGCAACCGUCUUCAGCGCUGCAAUAGACCUCAAAUGUCGCCUGAUCGACUCCAACUACAAGUACGGCUUCUUUUGGCCAACCGCUGGCUCGCCGGUAGACACUACUGUCAUGAAGCUGGCUCACAAACUCCCUGGCCGCGGAUCGCAAGAGGUCGCUUUCACGCUAUUUCCUGGCAUUCGCGUGGACUUUGGCCUAUCUCGCGCCUCCUGGCCAGUGAAGACUGCCGAUGUUGUGGCUCGACUUCAGGCCAACAACGCCGCCGAGGACAUCUUGAUGUAUGGCUGA